ACCACCACCACUUCCAAUACAAAUUUCUUGCAGAAUUUCAAAGUUUGAAUUUUUUGGUGGGGUUGUGUUUUUCUUUCUCAAUUCACAUUUUCUCCUGCCCACCCACCCACCAACCCAUUUCCACCCCAUUCUCCACUUUUAUUCUCAGUGGUAGUACUGCUAUAGUAAGGGUGGCAGUAAGAGUGGUAGUUUGUAAGCAUCGAUUAUCAGAGUUCGUUGUUGUUGUUGUUGUUGAAACGGAUAUUUUGGAGAAUUUGGUAAGGUUAGAUGAAAAGAGAAGCAGUUUGUUGCCAUGGCACUGACACUGGACAUAGGUAGCAGCACUGUAUGAGCUGAUCAGCUUGUUGUUGUCCAUUCAUUUUCACCUGUAAAACACCUCCAUUGUAACUAUCUUCAUUUCACCCCCACUCACACCAUCACUAGUUUCCCCAAUCAAAACUUUCCAACUUCCUCCUAUCCAUAUACACACACACACACGCAUAUACUCAUAAAUACAUAGAUAUACACACACACAUAUAUAUACAGAUGCACACACAUAAAUAUCUAUAUAUACACUCGUAAAUAUUUAUAUAUACACACAUAUACACACACACGUAUAUAUAUACACAUAUACAUAUACCAAUAUAUGUAUGCAUGUAUAUAUAUAUAUAUAUAUAUACACAUGCACAUUUUCAUCUCAAACCUCAAUGUAGUAACUACCAUUGUACCCUCCUCUAACCCUUACUACCUUCCCCACCUUUACAAACCUUUCAACACCAAACCCCUAACCCUUAACACCCACCACUUUCCCCACUCUAAUUCAUAGCCUCAUCGUGGUGACAAUGGUCAGGAAACAAGAAUGCCAGAUCACCAUCAACAAAAUUCUACUACCCAUCAAGAUUUUCUACUUCUUUUUCUAUUCAGCCAUUGGAUUUCUCUUACCAUUCAUUCCGCUUUAUAUGAAAAAGUUGGGAUUAUCUGCUCAAGAAUCAGGAAUCAUCACCGGAUCUAUGUUACUCUUUGGAAUAGUUGCAGAACCCAUUGUCAGUUUUCUUGCAGACCGAUUCCAAAAACAUAAAUUGUUACUACUUUUGUUCACAUUCUUAUCAGGUAUUGUGUACAUGUGUCUUCUUCUGGUGCCACCAAAGAACCUACCAUACAAAGCAGUCAUUAAAACCAAUGUCCAUUGUAAUACACAAGAUUCUUAUAUUCGGGAUUGUAUUUCAUCCGAAGUAAACACAUCUAAAAAACUCCAUCAACCUCUUCAUAAUUCUGUGGUCAACUGUCCAGUUACAUUUUAUGAUUAUGCCCUAUUUGCCAAAACUAACAACCUAACUGACCUCAACUGCGAGGCGUCUUGUCUAUUUGCUGUUCCUGGUGCUUAUACAUCCCGUGUUUGUUUUACUACAGACGUGCGACCAUUUGGGGAACGCAGCUGUUUUGAUAUUUGGGUAAGUUCUAGUAAAGAGACGUAUCUUCACUUUACCAUAUUGAAUACUACAGUGACUUUGAAAAGUGAGAUACAUUUGGAGAGAAUUCCUUUGCCUCACCUUAUUUGCAAAGACUACAAUUUGAAGAAUUUGAUCCAUCAUGGUAAACCAUAUUGGCAAAUGCUUUGCGAUGAAGAAACAGUCCUCAACUGUAAAUUCCAGUGCACGCGCCAAGAUAAAAACGGUUGUGAACAACGCAAUGACUUGUAUGGCGCUACAUUUGGUAUAUUUCUUGUAAUUCAGAUCAGUUGUGCUUUGCUAUUCCUGCCAUCAGUAAGCCUUAUAGAUUCCAUAGCUAGCAGUCAGCUAAGUGAACCGAUCCCUUCACUUGGACAUCAACGUAUAUGGGGUACUUUGGGUUUUGGUCUGUGUGCACUGACCUCAGCAGGUUUAAUGGAAUUACUAAAAGACUAUCAUAACAAACCUGUCGAUUACCAUCUUUCAUUUUACCUUUUUCUCACUUUCACCACACUCUCUGCUCUCAUUGGUUCAAAACUUGACACACCUGACACACUCAAGUCUUCACAAAACUCUCAAAAACUCAGGAUUACAUUAAGGAACUGUGAAAUUCUUCAUUUUCUCUUCAUUAUUAUAUGUCUUGGUAUUUUCGAUGGAUCUAUUUCUACAUUUCUUCUCUGGUACCUAAAAGACCUCAACAGUUCACCGCUGGUGUUUGGAUUCUGCUUACUAUUCAAUGCUUUGUGUGAGAUUAUCAUACUGUUGGUAUCAAACAGGAUUAUCAAACUCAUUGGACAUAUACCCAGCUUGUUAUUAUCUCUGGCAGCUUAUUGUAUCCGAUUCCUUGGGUAUUCUUUCAUCUCAAAAGGCUGGUUAGUACUACUCUUUGAACCAUUCCAUGGAUUAAGUUAUGGACUCAUGCUUGUGUCGUUAUCAGGAUAUUCAAAUAUAUUAUUGACGACCAAUGGACUUACAUUUAUUAAAGGACUUUACUUUGGUUUAGGUAAGUUGCCCUUUAGAUUAUUUUAUAUUUACAUUGUUAUCCUUAGUGAUACCAAUUAA